AUGAGCCAACUUCUUACCUCACGGCAGGCUGAGGAACUUCAUAAGUCGAUCAUUGCCUACCUGACAUCUACCAAACUCACAACCAGUGUCUCAGCUCUGCGUGAAGAGCUAGGUAUUGGAAAUUCUUUCGAUGAAGCCACAAGCAAGAAGUAUGAGGGGCUCCUGGAGAAAAAGUGGACAAGCGUGGUCAGAUUACAGAAGAAGAUAAUGGACCUUGAAUCGCGCAACAGCACUCUCCAAUCGGAGCUGGACUCAGCAACUCCCACAUCACUCUCCCGUCGGAAUCAGGAUCCAGCCUCUUGGCUGCCUCGAUCUCCUGCUAGACAUACCCUUCAAUCUCACCGCGCGCCGGUUACCGCUGUUGCAUUUCAUCCCGUCUUCUCCUCACUUGCGUCUGCCUCUGAAGACUCUACUCUUAAGAUAUGGGACUGGGAGCUUGGCGAGCUGGAGCGAACUGUGAAGGGUCAUACCAAAGCUGUGCUUGACUGCGAGUUUGGAGGUCCGAGGGGCGGAACGCUGCUAGCUUCUUGCUCUCAGGAUUUGACUAUAAAGUUAUGGGAUCCGUCAGACGAAUACAAGAACAUUCGAACUCUCCCUGGGCACGAUCACUCCGUUUCGUCGAUUCGAUUCAUACCGUCAGGAGCGGCCGGCUCUCCCUCUUCAGGUAACCUCUUAGUCUCUGCAUCAAGGGACAAAACGCUCAGAAUAUGGGACGUCACGACAGGCUAUUGUGUGAAAACUCUACGUGGCCAUUCUGACUGGGUCCGUUGCGUCUCCCCCAGCUUCGAUGGCCGGUGGCUCCUCUCCGCAGGUAACGACCAAGUAGCAAGAUUUUGGGAUGCCGGAUCGGGUGAAGUGAAGGCGACAUUCCUAGGGCAUGAGCACGUCAUAGAAUGCUGUACACUUGCUCCAGCAGUGUCUUACGUUCAUCUUGCAACCAUAGCAGGACUGAAGAAGCCGCCGCCAACAAGCAGCUCCGGCGAGUUCCUCGCCACGGGCUCUCGCGACAAGACCAUCAAGCUUUGGGACUCAAGAGGCACGCUGAUCAAGACUCUGGUUGGGCACGACAACUGGGUACGUAGUGCACUCUUUCAUCCUGGCGGGAAAUAUCUACUCAGCGUGAGUGAUGAUAAGACGAUGCGGUGUUGGGAUCUUAGCCAAGAGGGCAAGUGCGUGAAGACGAUUGAUGAUGCGCACGGGCAUUUCGUAAGCUGCAUAAGAUGGGCGCCAGGGGUGAUAAAGGGCCCUGCUGCAAUACCCGCAACAACAACGAAUGGAGAUGUGGCCACAACGAAAGACGAUCCAGGGGGAAAGGAGUCGAUCAGGUGUGUCAUUGCAACAGGCUGUGUGGACAUGAGUGUAAGGGUGUUUGCAUCGUAA